CAGGCUUUCUACCUUGCUCUCAGUCAUCAUGCUCUGCAGCCACGUUGCUCACGUGCUCCUCUCUCUUCUUUGCAUCAGACUGAGUGGUAAGUCGUGACUUCGAAAAGUGUAGUGUGUGUGUGUGUGUUUUUGUGUGUGUGUGUGUGUGUGUAGGCUCCGCCUGUCACUCCCAGACACAGGCCAGCGAUCAGUUAGUUUCCUCAGCUACGCUCUGAAGGUGUUGGCCUGCUGAAGGUCCGCUCGGCGUCCUCCGGUAAGCUGCUACGGUCCCCGAGCCCCCCAUCCAGUAUGUGCGACCCGGUGCAGCUAGCUUACCGCAGACCGAGGUGUCGGCACACGGCCCAAUCUGAGCUGGAGAUGGAUGAAGUGGUUCCCAGGCUGCUGUCGGGUCAAGAAGCGCACUUGUCCUCUGGUCGCCAUGUCCGCGGGCAGCGCUCCCUGAACGCCGCGGGGGGAGGACGCUCCGACACGGAAAGCAUCCUUUUGUCACUGCCAGCGUUCGGAAGGAGCCUGUAUUUAAAUCUGACGUGGGACAGCAGGUUCGUCUCGGAGGACUUCGUGGUCGAAGAGAGGCUUGGGGACCAGCGCUUAGGGGUGAGCCGCUUAUCCAACAAGCAGCUGUGCUUCUACUCCGGCUCGGUCAUCAACCACACGGGCUCCGUGGCAUCGCUGAGCACGUGCGGCGGCCUGACUGGGCUCAUCCAGAUCGGGGAGGACAGUCUAUUCAUUCAGCCAGUGGGUGAAAAUGGCCCCUCCCAGUCGUUCUCGGGACUAAAACACCGCCUACUGCGACGCCGACGCUGUGCCCAGACUAGCUCUGCUCCAGAUGCCAACUGCCGGGCUGUACAAGGGAAGAAAAAGGAGAUGAUGCCAAAAAUGGGGAAGGAGGGUCGCGGGAAGAGAAACCUCAUUCGCCUGCACGAAGCAUACUUUGUGGAGACAGUGGUGGUGGCAGACUCCGACAUGGUGAAGUACCACGGUGCUGAGGCGGCACAGCGGUUCUUGCUGACAGUCAUGAACAUGGUCUACAACAUGUUCCACCACCAGAGUCUGGGAGUCAGGAUAAACAUUCGUGUCACCAAGCUGGUCUUGCUUCACAGUCGCCCAGAAAAGCUAAAGGUGGGCCAUCAUGGAGAAAGGUCUCUGGAGAGCUUCUGUCAUUGGCAGUAUCAAGAGUUUGUCAGGAUGCGCCACCUUGGCACCAAUCGUGUCCAUUCUCGAAGAGAAAACAUCCCACCAGUGGACACUGCUGUGCUGGUCACCAGGACAGAUUUUUGCGUGAAUAAAGAUGAACCCUGUGAUACUGUAGGUAUUGCUUAUCUGGGGGGUGUCUGCAGUGCCAAGAGGAAGUGUGUGUUAGCAGAGGACAAUGGACUUAAUUUGGCGUUCACCAUUGCUCACGAGUUGGGGCACAACAUGGGUAUGAGCCAUGAUGAUGACCAUGCCACCUGCCCUGGUCACUCCCACAUCAUGUCUGGUGAAUGGGUUAAAGGAAGAAACCCGAGUGACCUGACCUGGUCCUCCUGCAGCCGCACCGACCUUGAGAACUUUCUACGGUCAAAAGCCAGUGCCUGUCUACUGCACACAGACCCCAGGAGGCGUUACCAGAUCCGCCUUCCUCCCAAGCUGCCAGGCAUGCACUACAGUGUGGAUGAACAGUGCCAGAUACUGUUUGGAACCAAUGGCAGUUUUUGCAGUGAUAUGGAGCACCUGAUGUGCACAGGCCUGUGGUGUUUAGUGGAAGGAGAUGCAGCCUGCAAGACCAAACUGGAUCCUCCUCUGGAUGGAACAGAGUGUGGCACAGAUAAAUGGUGCAGGGCAGGCGAAUGUGUGAGUAAGACUCCCAUCCCUCAGCAUGUGGACGGUGACUGGGGUUCAUGGAGCCAGUGGAGCAUGUGCAGCAGGACCUGCGGUACAGGAGUCCAUUUCAGACAGAGGAAAUGUGACAACCCUCCGACUGCUCCUGGUGGGCGACACUGUCAGAAAGCCAAUGUGGAGCACAAGGCCUGUGAAUAUCCUCCCUGUCCCAAGGGGUCAACCAGCUUCAGAGACCUGCAGUGUUUGUCCUACAACCGACACGUCAGCAAGAAGAAGGGCAGCUUGCUGACUGCCAUUAUUAAUGACGAGAAGCCGUGUGUGUUAUUUUGCAGCCCAGUGGGUCGAGAUGUCCCGGUACUGAUGGCUGACAGAGUGAUGGAUGGGACACCCUGUGGACCAUAUGAGGCUGACCUGUGUGUUAACGGAAGGUGUCAGAGAAUUGGCUGUGAUGGCAUCAUCAGCUCUUCCGCCAAAGAGGACCGCUGUGGUGUAUGUAACGGAGACGGUCACUCAUGUAAGAUAGUGAGAGGAGACUUCAACCACACCAAAGGAAUGGGCUACAUCGAAGCUGUGGUUAUUCCUGCGGGAGCGAGAAGGAUCAAAGUUGUGGAGGACAAACCCUCACACAGCUUUCUAGCUCUGAAAGACACCAGCGAGGGAUCCAUCAAUAGCGACUGGAAGAUCGAGCUUCCAGGAGAGUUUGAGCUGGCCGGAACCACAGUACGCUAUGUUAGAAGGGGACUGUGGGAGAAGAUGUCUGCCAAGGGACCCACGAAGGCACCCUUACACCUGAUGGUGCUGCUCUUUCAUGACCAGAGCUAUGGGAUCCACUAUGAGUACACAAUGUCUCUUAAUACAACUCAAGGCAGUGAUGAGGAUCUCUACAUCUGGACACACAGCAGCUGGCAGCACUGUAGUGUACAAUGUGGAGGAGGUGAGAGGAGGACAGUGGUUUCCUGUACGAAGAUAGCCAAUAAAACCAUGGAGGUGUUCAACGAUAGCUACUGUCAUCCUGAAAACCGACCUUUUCCCCAAGUACGACUCUGCAACACUCACCGCUGCCAGUCCCGGUGGUUGACGAGAGAGUGGGGAUCCUGCUCUGUGACAUGUAAUAAAGGCCUUCAACACAGGGAGGUGGUUUGUGUUUACCAUCAACAAAAUGGCUCUCUUAUCCACACAAGGGACCUGCAUUGCCAAGAAGAAAAACCUCCUGUGCUGCAAGGCUGCGAGGGCCACCUCUGCCUCACUGUGUGGGAGGCUUCAGAGUGGUCCAAGUGUUCUUCAGACUGUGGUCAAGGUGUUCACAAACGGACGGUGUCGUGUACAAACCCUCAAGGUGUAUGUGACCCUCUUUCCGAGCCCACUCAAGAAGAGCCCUGUGAGAACCAUUCCAAAUGUUAUGAAUGGAAGACUGGAGACUGGUCCAAGUGCUCAUCAUCCUGUGGGAAGGGCCUGCAGUCGCGAGUGGUCCAGUGUAUGCACAAACUGACUGGUCGGCAUGGUAAUGACUGCUCAGUGACUCUUAGACCACCCACCUACCGACCCUGUCACCGUGGUACCUGCAAUGAAAAAAUCAAUGUGAACACCAUCACCUCCCCCAGGCUAGCUGCUCUGACCUACAAAUGCAUGGGGGACCAGUGGACAGUGUACUGUUGUGUGAUUCGAGAGAAGAACCUCUGUCAGGACAUGAGGUGGUACCAGCGCUGCUGUGAAACCUGUAGAGACUUUUAUGCCAAUAAAUUGCUGAACAAGAGCUAAUGACCAAAUGCACUGACGUUUCCUCCACACAACGUUCCUUUGUGUGAAUGUUUUGAAUAUUGUUGGAAAUUAAGUGAAAACAAUUGUAGGAAAACAAUUUAUUGAAGGACCUUUUGUAUUUUAUAAAGGAAAAUGGCAAAUACAGGCAAAUGUACAUGUGAAAUAGAGCUAUACGCUUCUAGAUUUGAUGAAGACGUCUGCUGUACACCAAAUGAAAAGAGAAAACAAAGAUGGGGCCUUUAAAAUGCCAAUCCAGACGGUUUAAUUGCACAUUAUGAUCGAAUAAGUGUUUGACUUUGAGGUAGACUGUGACAGGUCCAUCAGAUAACGUUGCAAUAUGAGUUAGCCAGAGCUUGACCCUCUUUCUUAAAGAUGCUCUGCAAUGUAUAUUUCACUGUGUUAUUGCUAAUUGUUGCAAUUUUAAAUAAAUAGUGAAUAGCUUCAAAUAUUAGUAAUAUUAUUAUAAGUAAGUAUUACAGUUUUAAAAAAUGCCUUUUCUCUGUUUUUUUAAAAACAAUCUUAACAUUAUCUAAACUGUAUGUGUAAUUAUCAAUAUGCACAUUUUAAUAGUACAUUUAUUUGUGCCAAUGUCAGAUAUUUAUGGAAUAUAAAAAAUAAACAUUUUGAUAAUUCAAUGGAUACUUUUGCAUGUGAUGGCUCAAAUGAUGAAAGACUGUUUAGAAGUUGUGAAGAGUAUGACAAUUUGGCUGAAAAACAACUCAUCAUUUUAAAUCAUGGUGGUUAUUGGGAAAAUUAAAGACGAUUGUACUUGUUUUUACACGUGCCAAACCACACGCCAUUUGCAUAUAUGAAUGAGAAAUUCAAAUAUGUUGUGAACAAAAAGUUGUUGCACCUGCAGUUUAGCAGUUUUGGUACAUACAAAAUGGGAUAUAGACAUUUGCAUUUACGUGAAAUUCCGUGAGAUUAUUAAUAAAAUAUAUUGUUUAUUAUUUAAUUCGAAGUCAAAUUUACAAUUGCUAUGCACAGUGUCCAGAUAUAUUUUCUUAUACUUGUACACAUGUCCUAGCGAGCCAAAUCUAAAGACACGGUUAUCUUAAUAAUGAAUUAGUGUAAGAGCCACAGUAAACAAUGUUGGUAUUUUUGUGUAAUUAAAGAAUAAAGCGAUGUAUGUGCUAUCCAUGUUAUUGCCAGGUUAUACAUAUUUUUAAAUGAUUAAACAUUGAAAACUUUAUUUUCAAACAGCUGCUGUUCAAAACUAUGUUAACCCUGCCAACCCUUUUCAUAUAGCCAUGGUGCUCAGAUGCAUCUCUUGAGUCUUUUCCAAGGGGUUAAAUGGUGCAAUCUUAUGACCUUGUUUCACUAUUGUGGAAUUUGGCUUAUUCUCAGUGAUGGUCCUUUUGCCAAUGUCAUCCAUUUUAUGUUUAAGUAUGUUGUAAGAUUGUUUGAUAACAUUGCCUUUUCUUAAUAAAACAUUAGUUAUUUUGUUUCCAAUGCAAAGCAAAUAUUCUCAAUUAUUCCUGUUUUGUACUAUUUUCAGUUGCACAUAUAAAGUAUGUUUGGUGCAUGAACUGAAACUUUAUGUAUUUUAUGUUGCUGAUACGGAACUAAGUAAAUAAUCGUUUGUAUGGCAAUUUCCCCAUUUUUGUAUUCACACUAUAUUUGUACUGUCAUCCAAAUACAACUCUUUUACUUUUUGUUACGUAAUAAAUUAUGAGAUUUUGUUAUGGAAAAACCAA